AUGGACCGCAACAACGCCACUGCGGGUCCCUCCACGGCCGCCCUCGCCGUGCCCGCCCUCCAUCAACUUCACUCAACGACCGCCCUCCUCUCGUCGGCAGUCCAGCUCGCCCACGAUUCGUUUCAGGACCACCUGGACGACUAUGCCGAUGCGCAUCGCUGGAUCGACUCGUUCUUCGACAAGAUUGAUGGCCACAGCAAGGGCCCGGUGCCGCACGGCCAGCCCAGGGCUGGCGUGUUCGAGCUCAUGAAGACGCCCGGCCGCAAGCGCAUCGCCGCCGCCACGAGCACCAACACGACCCGCCUCGGCUCGACCACGACCGCCGCCGCCAAGGACCCGCUCGCGACCCUCCUCUUCCCGACCGGCCCUGCACCACGCUCGCCCGCCCAUGCCGACAAGGAGAACGGCCUCGCGUCGCCCCAGCCUCAGCGGGCCUCGCCUCGCAAGCUGCUGUCGCCUCUCGGACCAGCCGCCGCCGCCGGCAGGCGCUCGCCCAUGCGCGCCGUCUCGCCCGCCGCGCCCAAACAGCCGCAGCAGCAGGUCGCCGCUCCUCCCGUCGUCGUCAAGCCUGUCGCGCCCGAGACCGCCGUCAAGGUGCUCGACUUUGCCGCCGCGCCGUCGCCGCCCGCCGAGCAGGUCGAGGAGGACGACGAGCCGGCCGACAUGCCCGUCCACGAGCUGUCGAACGUCCUCGAGGAGGACGAGGUCGAGGACGAGCCCGUCGUCGACAACGAGUCGGCGGCCGCCGCCAUCGCCGACGAGGACAAGGGCGACCUGUCCAUCAUCGGCGAGGAGGAAGAGCAGGAGCAGGAGCCGAGCUCGACGGACGUCUCGCUCGUCACGGCGCCAUCCGGCACUUCGAGCAUGGUCGCAUCGGCCGUGCUCGUCCCUCGCCCGGUCGUCGCCGAGGCUCCCCAGCCGGCGCCCCUCCCUCCUGUCGCCGCACCCCUUCCGGCUCCCAUCGCCGCGCCGGCGGCUCUCCCUCUCUCGCCGCCCAAGCAGCGCACCGUCUCGAGCGCGUCGUCCGUCGCUCCCGAGGCGGACGACGCCGAGGACUCGUCGGUCCCGCUCAACGACGCGCCGUCGGUCCUGCGCUCGACCUCGACCUCGGACGCCCUGCGCUCGUCCCUGUCGGCGUCGACCUCGACCUCGUCGGUCCGCACCCCGGGCGGCACGACCUCACGCUUCGGCACCAGUGCGCUGUACUCGGCCGCCAAGCUCGGCCUCGGCUCGAGCCCGCCGCCGACCGCGACCUCGAGCGCCGGCGCCUCGUCGUCGACCGUCCUCGCGUCGGCGUCGCGCACGAGCACUGGCGGCGGUGGCGCCCGCCAAAUCAACUUCGUCGGCCUGUCGAAGAAGAAGAGCCUCGGGCUCGGGCUCGGCCUCGGCCGCAACUGGGCGGCGUCGAUGGGCUCGAGCGCGGCCAACGACAGCCAGAGCUCGAUCCAGAGCGGGCCCGCGUCGACGCAGGCGACGAGCACCUCGAGUGCGCACGCGACGCUGCCGCUCGAGCUCGCGCAAGGCGGCCUCACGACGGCGUCGGGCGCGACCAAGCGCAAGUCGCUCGCCGACCCGGACUCGGCGCACAAGGCGCACAAGACCGACUCGGCCGCGCCGGCGCCGACCUCGCAGGAGCAGGAGGACGAGGAGGACCGCAAGCGCCGCCAGAUGCUCGCCAAUCGCCUCCAGGACCUCAACAACAAGGCGCGCCAGAGCACGCUCGGCGGGCGGCAGAGCAACGCCGCCGGCCCGGGCGCGUACCCGUCGAGCUUGUACGGCGCGAGCAGGCCGCACACCGUGCCCGGCUCGUCGUCGCUGUACCACCCGACGUCGAUGGCGGCUGCGACCAAGCCGCUCCUCGUCUCGACGUCGUCAUCGUCGUCGGCGACCCUCCCGACCGCGUCGUCGCACCUGAACUUGACGUCGACCGCCUCGACCGCCCCUAUCGCCGAGCCCGUCUCGACGGCGGCUGCCGUGCGCCGCCCGUCCGUCAUGGAGCGCGUCAAGUCGUUCGAGCACAACACGACCGGCCAGGAGCACCUCAACCCGCCGUCGCCGAGCAAGAUCCCGUCGUCGCUCUACUCGACCCUCUCGACCGGCCCUCACUCGCCUCGCGCCAUGUCGCCCCAGCCAUUCCAGAGCUCGAGCGCUCUCUCGCCUCGCGCGAUGCGCCUCGCCUCGCCGAGCGCACCCUCGUCGCCGCGUGCCCUCACGCGCUCGGCCACAUCCGGCCUCCCGCUCGCCACGUUCGGCAGCCCCAGGCUCGGCGUCCCCGUCGCUCGGUCGCCGCCGACCAUGACGACGUCAGCGAGCGCCGGCGCGCCGCUCAACAUCGCCGCCGUCCUGUCGCCGCCGGUGCAGCCUGCCGUGCCCAAGCCGCAGCCGCAGCCGGUCGAGGCGCCCGCCGCUAAGACCGUGCGCUCGCCCGUCGAGGCCCUGCGCCGCGAGCCGCUCGCGCCUAUCGUGCGCUCGACGACGCCCGGCGGCACGCCGCCGCGCUCGCCGCUCAAGAUGGCGCCCGCCGCACCCGCCGCCAAGCCGGCGGAGCGCGUCGUCAAGACGUUCGUCCUCGAGGACGACGACGACGAGCUCGACCACGACGACGCGUCCGAGGAGGAGGAGGACGCGUUCUCGAUCCGCGCUAUCAACGCCUCGACGCCGGCGUCGGCCAUCGUCGCCGCCGAGGCGGCCGCCGCUCGUCAUCGCGAGCAGGCCGCUGCCGCCGAGCAGGCUGCGCGCGACCUCGAGGAGCAGGAGGCCGAGCGCGAGCGUGCCGCCAUGCUCGCCAAGCGCCUGCCGUCGCUGCCCGAGGUGCGCUCGCCGGUCGACGACGAGGGCUCUGGCGACGAGAGCGACGGCGAGCGCUCGGUCGUGCGCACGGCGGUCAAGGAGGACUUGGGCCACAAGGCGAGCCCGAGCAAGGUGGUCCUGCACGGCACGGCGUCGGGCCCGGCGACGGUCGACAAGGGCAAGGGCAAGGAGGCGUCGUCUGCCCCGGCGAGCGACGACGAGGACGACGAGGACGAGGACAUGGACGAGGACGACGAGGAUGAGGACCGCACGGCCAUGUCGAUGCUGUCGACGGCGACGACGACGCUCAACCUCUCGCACCAGCCGUUCAAGCCCAUCACCAAGUCGGCGCAGCUGCCGAAGCAGACCGCCCCCGCCAAGUCGAGCCUCGCGUCGUCGGCCACGUCGACCUCUACGUUCGGCCUCACCCGCUCGACUGGCGCCUCGGCCUCGGGCAUCAAGAAGCCCGUCGACACCAAGGUCAAGAGCAUCCAGCGCGCCAACGCCGCCUCCAAGAAGGAGAAGGAGGAGCUCGACCGCCGCAACGCCCUGCGGGAGCAGAAGCGUGCCGCCAUCGCUCAGAAGAAGCUCGACGACGAGCGCAAGCUCAAAGCCGACGGCCUCGAGAAGAAGCGCAAGGAGCGCGAGGAGACGGCGACCAAGGUCAAGGCCGCGGCCGCCGCUCGUGGCGCCAAGCCCAAGCCUGUCGGCGACGACGAGCCGGCUAAGAAGCGCAAGAUCGAGGUCGAGGUCAAGGUUCCUCGCCCCGAGCAGAAGAAGCUCGGCCAGCCCACCCGCCCCAUCCCUUCUUCUUCGUCAACGUCGGCGUCUACGUCGUCGCUCGCCCAGUCGCAGGGCCGCACCGCGGGCGCCGGCAUGGGCCCGCCCGCCCUCAACAAGUCGACGGGCGCGUCGAGCAUGUUCGCCAAGCCCUCGGCCGGCCCGUCUGCGCCAUCGUUCGGCAACUCGCUCAGCAAGUCGGCGGGCGCGAGCUCGAUGGUCGGCCAGCCGUUCAUGUCGGCCAAGAUCCGCCUCCCCGAGUCGUCGACAGCGGCGCCAGCUCUCCCGCCGCGCCUCCUCGCGCCGACGGUCCCCAAGCCUUUCAGCUCGUCGAUGCGCCCGCCUCAACCCCAGCAGCCGGCGCUCCCGCCGCGAGUCGUCGAGCCGCAGGAGCCGCUCCAGGAGUUGCCCGACAUCGACUCGGAGUACUCGGACUCGGACGACGAGGCGCACGAGCGCAAGCGCAAGGCGCUGCCCGGGUGGGCCCAGUCGCCCGCAGUUGCGCAGGCGCUGUACAACCAGCAGCAGGUCAACCCGGACGAGAUCUUUGGCCCCCUCCCCAAGCUCUCGAUCGGAGACUUCUUCCGCAACAGCGCGAGCGCUGCUCGCCUGCGUGCGCGCACGUCGUCGGCGCAGUGGGACGGCACGGACAGCCUCACGCAGACGGACCUCGCGCGGUACCAGCGCGCCAUGGGCUACAAGUCGGCGCUCGCCGGCUCGUCGGCGCAGCGGUCGUCGGAGCACCGUGGCGGCGACGACGAGCAGCGUCGCUAG